AUGCACUUUGGAUCUUACAUGCCCGCCCCAGGGGGUUUGACGGCGUGUGUGAACGGGGCCCGCUGUGACAGCCAGGGUGCAAUGUUGGUGCUGUGCGUGGGUGGUAGCAACGGUAGCAGCAGCGACAGCGCAGGCAGGCAGCGACUGCAGUGGUUCGCCUGCUGCGUCUGUGAAGCCUGCAGAACAUGCGAUCCACUCUGUGAAACAUGCGACCCGUGCGACCCCUGCCAAGCCUGCCAGCCCUGCGACAGGCACGGUUUGUCGUCAGACCCAUGCACCUCCUGCGUCCCCAACGCAUUCCCCAGGUGGCGCCGCCUGCCCCCGCUUCCCCCCACCAACCCCCACUCCCACCCAGCCUGCUACGGCGCCGUCGCCACGGUGAUACCCGGAACCGGGUUUGCAAUCGUGGGCGGCGCCGUGCCUUCCCAGUCAGGCAGGCCGCAGCACGUGCGCCAUGUGUCAGUGUUUGACUGGCACAUGGGCGCGUGGUUUGACAUGCAGCAGCCGUGCAUGCUUCCUAGAUUGGACCCUGUGGUGGCUGGAACUGCAAUGGCUUGCCACGUGACAGUGCUUUCCCCAGCAGCCACGCACGACACCCGUUCCUGGGGGUCGCCCUACUUUGCUAUCAACCCCGGGGGCUUCAACCGCCACGCUACCACACCAGCUCCACCUGCUCACACUGCCCAUGGCCCUGGUAACCAGGUUACAGGCCCUGGCAGCGGCAGGAGCAAUGGGCUGAACAGUGGCACGCUAUCAGAGGCAGGUGUGGUGGAGGCUGACUGGGAGAGCGCUGAGAUGUGGAGGGUGGUGGAGGAGUCUGACGCCAUCCAUGCCAUCUGGACCAGAACACACGUGGCACAGGUGAUUGUAGCAGCACAUGUGACUGGAGCAAAUACUGUAGCAGGUGUGACUGUGUCGGAUGUGCCUGCAGAGCCAGCAGCAGAAGCAGACGACUCAACGAGUGCAUACAGCAGCGCAGCAUGCCAGGCGCCACGCCUUGACACGCCUCAGCAGCCACCAGGCGCCCACAGCAGCCGAGCCACCUACUCCGUGCUCUGCUCUCUGGACCCCAACCACUCUCUCCUCGUCUUCAACAACCUUCGCCGCAGAUGGGUCCCUGCUGGCCCUCCGCUUCCCCCACGCUCCCCGCUUCGUCCGCCUCUUCCGCGUCCAUCCCCUCAGCGUCUCUGCCCGUGUGGCAGGGGCUCACAUGAGAGAUACUGUUCCACUCUACCCGGCACACCCACUGCACCGUCCAACUCCCACUCUGCUACCCCUGACCCAUGCCUUCCAGCCUCUGCCAGCGGUGCAGCCGCCGCUGCCGCUGCUGCUGCUGCUGCCAUUCCUGGCAGCGCGGCCAGUUUUGCCAGUGCCGCCAAUUUCGGAAGGCUGCAGCAGCUUCUUGGGUGUGGCGGCCGUCUCGUGGCUCUCUUCCAGCCACACGACCCGCGCCUCCCAGGACCUUCUCUCUCUGCCCCCACACAACCUCCCAUCACUGUCGGAUCCCCAGCAGCACAGGCGCAGGCUUCAGGGAGUGUGCCUGUAGCAGCAGCUAGAGAAUCGAUGCAGCUGAUGUAUGGUGAUAGUAUCGAGGGGCCAAGUGGCUGGGCAAUGGGUGCUCCAGUCGCCUUGCCUGGCAACGGAAGGUUGCAUCACGUGCUUUCCAUGCACCCUGCCGUUUAG